AAUUAUUUUAACGUAUGAUUUCACCGAGAGUAAGUUGUGAGAUAUUUUUACACAAUACCACGUGGCAGCAAGGCCUAUCUUUGAUUAUCAAGUCUCUCAACAACAAAAAGGAAUAGUAAUUUAGAGAGAGAUUGUGAGGAGAUACAAUGCUGUUAGCAGCUGAUUAUCUGUCUCUGCCUUUCCGCCUUUGCUUCUUUAGAAUCGGAGAGAUCAAUCUCACUUCAGGAUUGAAUCUCCGUCGCCGACGAGCUGGCGGUCGCUGCUGUAAAGCGUCUCUCAUUACGAAUUCCGAUUCCUUCGAGGUCGGGAGGCUGAUUGGCAGUUAUGGCUUCAUGAACAUUACUAGUUACUCUGGGCUGCAAUCGGGGACGGAUAUGGAGUAUAUGCCGGGAGAUGUUGGGAGAUUGAGAGCUCAGGAUGUUGGAGAAGGAAGUGUGAAAAUUAGACUGUACGAAGGAAGAAUAGCUCAAGGUCCACAGAGAGGUAGCCCCGUUAUUUUUAAGGUCUAUCCUGGUCAACAAGUUGGUGGCUUUGAAGCUGACUUGAUGGCUGCGAAUGAGCUCAGUGCACAUGCUUCCCUUCAAAGCAAUUCAAAAUCCAUAGCCUGCUCGAAUAUUCAAGUACUUAUUGGAGGCUUUGAGACGAAAACUGGUGAGCAGUGGCUUGCUUUUCGGAAUGAUGGAAAGUACACUGCUGCUGGCUAUGCACAAGUUGCGAGUGAAAAGAUGUCAAAAUAUAGUGAUGUUGGAGGGCAGAAAUUUUGGAAUCCUUUCGAAAAAAGUGAAACUAUAAAGAGGAGAAGAUACUUCAUUACAAAACUCCUUCAAGGAGCUAUUCGUGGCUUAGCUUACAUGCACGACCACGAGAGGUUGCAUCAAAGUCUUGGACCUGCUUCUAUUGCUCUUAAUACAAUUGUAGAGAAAGAUGCUGCUUAUCUGGUUCCAAGGCUUCGGGACCUUGCCUUUUCGGUUGAUAUAAGGUUUUCUGAGCUAGAGGGAAAUUCAAAUGCACUAUCCGAAGGGCUCUGGCGAAGAGCAUCUGCUGCUGGUGCUUUCACUCCUAUGGAGAAACGAGCAUUUGGAAUUGCAGAUGACAUAUAUGAAGCCGGUCUUCUAUUUGCCUAUGUAUCUUUCAUUCCAUUUUGUGAGGUGGGAGUGAUGGACAGUCUUUCAUUGCGAAGACUUUUUGAGAAUACAUUCCAACUCGAUGUCCAAGCAAUGAGAGAAUACUGUUUAGCUGAUGAUCGUCUUCUGGAAGCCGUUAAAUUUCUAGAUCUUGGUGAUGGUGCUGGAUGGGAGUUACUUCAGGUUUACUCCAUUCUACGAUAUCUAUUUCUGUUUCUUUCUUUAGGCGCUCGCUUUCCUCAAACAAACAAGGCAUUGUUAUCUGUCAUGUUGAUACAUUAGUGACUCAUUAAAGUACAAAGCAUCACCUCCAACAACAUUUGUACUUUAAUUUAGGGCGAAGAAAAGCAAAGAUAUCUAGUAUGCUCUGCGUAAUUCUCCUUUUUCGUGAACGAUCUCUGCUGGGCAUUUUCUCAGUGUUUUUUCACUGAUAUUGGUCGGUUGCUCUCGUUUUCUCAGGCUAUGCUGAACCGUGAUUAUCGACAGAGGCCUAUAGCAGAAGCUGUUUUGAACCAUAGAUUUCUGGCUGGAGCUUUCCUUUAACAUGUAGGUAGGAACUGCAGUUGUGUUGCAUUAUUUUCUAUAUACCCUUCCAAAGAUUUUCUAUUAGCAAAUGCUAUUUUAAAGAAUAAAAAUAGAUAAGCAGCAUUCAUCCACCA